GUGGCAGUACCAAUGUUUCCGAAGCCGCAUACGAAAACAAAUACUCUUAGACUUUGAGCACUUGCUUGGUGUGUGUCAGCUCGGGUUUGCAGCUGUUUGCGAGCUACUAAUACCUUGAGCCAUCCUCCUCUAAGCAACCAAAGCUCAGGGUACACAGACUAGCGGUUUCUGUCCACGAUUAUAUUCCUAACGAUAACUCAGGAUAGCUCUCGAUCUUUUUGGCUCAGCUAUCUCAGUCAGACUCCGUACCUGUCAUUCAUUCACAUACCACCUAAUUUUCUCUCAGGCCUUGUCACAAUUCUCUUUCGGACCCAAGCAUCCUUUUGAGAGUUUAAUAUCCUUUAUUCAACUACAACAACAAGCUGAGGCCUCUUGCUCGGCGACUCUCGAAGAAACUUACAUAAAUAGGGGACCUCGAUUUGCUUGUGUUGGCAGCCAACCACUUCCUUUUUGACCCUGCAAAGGUUAUCAGUUUAAAUAACAUCCACAAAUCAACAAACAUGUUGAUCAGUCUGUCGUUCAUUACGCUUGGUUUUUCUAUUCAUGGCUACAUCUCGAAAACAGCUCCCGCCCAUCCCGCCUCCCCCAACAUCCGCUCUCUGUUCAAUGUUCCCCCAGGGACCCAACUAACUUACCCGAUAACUGACCGCCCUGGCCCAACACCUAGGAAGGAGUGGAUUGAUGCCUACCAGAGGGUAAAGAAAGCGGGUCUCAUUCCAUCGGUACCACAGACCACAGAGGUGGACGGUGCAGCUGUUUAUCCCGCCUCGUACCAUGGCACCAUCUGCAAUCCAGGAUACAACUUAAGCAACUCUUCGGUUGAUGUCAUUAGCGCCCCUCCCGGAAUCGCUGGAAUCAGGUAAGUCG